AUGAGGGAUCGCUUUAUUCCUCACAAUUACAAACAAAGUCAAUAUGUAAAGUGGAGUACUUUACAACAAAGAGGCGACCCAGUUGAAGAUUACAUAAAGGAGUUUGAUAGACUCGCCAUUGUGUGUGAAGUCACAGAAAAUGAAGAGCUCAAGUUGGGGCGUUUUAUUGCUGGUUUGGAUCAAGAAUUGCAAGAGAAGCUUGAAGGUUACACCAACUUAACCUUUGUGGAAGCUUGUAAACUUGUGGUGAAAUUCGAUGCUAAGAGGAAGAAGAAGAAGUCUACUUUCAUUCCUCAAGUGGCUCGAAAACCUACCUUUCCUACCAAGGAGGGGUCUAGUCUUGUCAAACCUAAUGAUCCACCUAGGAAGGACAAGAAGGACUUCAAACUUAGUGACAUUGUAUGUUACAAGUGUGGAGGAAGAGGGCAUUUCAAGAAAGAUUGUCCAAAUUCAAGGGCCUUAACUAUGCAAGAGGUGAAGCUCAUUGCCAACCAAACUAUAGAUUGGGAAGAGUUUGAAGAUGAAGAAGGGGAGGCCGUGGGUGAAGAUGAAGAGGAGGACCAAUGCUUUCCAAAAGAGGAGGCCAAGCAAAGCCUAGUGGUGAGGAGGGCGUUGCAAGCCCAAGUUGAGGAGCCCAUAGCACCUCAAAGACAACACAUUUUCAUCACCAAGUGCAAGGUUGAAGGCGAGGUAUGUGAUUUGAUUAUUGAUAGUGGGAGUGAGGCAAAUACGGUUUCUAAAACUCUAGUAACCAAACUUGGUCUUACAACUACAAAUCAUCCAAAUCCUUAUAAGUUGAGUUGGUUAGAUUCGAAUUCCAGCACGGGGGUUAGAAAACAAAGCAUGGUUAGUUUUUCCAUUGGUUCUUAUCAUGAUUCUCAAUUAUGUGAUGUUGUGUCUAUGGAUGCUUGUCAUAUUUUACUUGGUAGACCAUGGCAAACUGAUCGAAAAUCUGUCCAUGAUGGUUAUCAUAAUACUUACACUAUAACUCACCAAGGAAAACAAAAAAAAUUACAUCCCUUACCUGAACCAUAUGUGGACCAUGGUUCAAGUCCAAGACAUGACCCUGACUCAAGAGAGGACUCAUUAGCAAAGGAAGAGUCCUUGGUCGAUCCCUCGAGCAAACUACAGAGCCAUCCAAGCACAGCUCCUCAUCAACACAAGGCUUCUACUGAUCUUGCAUUCGAAGCAUCGAGUAGAAUACAGAGGCAUUCGAGCAAGGACUUGCAAAGGCUCCAGAACAUCACUGAUCUUUCGCUCCAGAACAGCACUGAUCCUUCACUCGAGCCCUCGAGCAAACCCCAAGCUCAGUCGAGCAAAGGACAUCAGAAUUAG